AUGCGAAGUUCCGCCAAGCCUCUGAACAAGCCCGAGGAGGCACAACCUCCGAAUGCGGAGCAAAAGUUGUCGAAGUCAACCUCUUAUGCAUCGGGCACGACACUGGCUGCCGAGAGUGAUUUCGAGAGCAUCAGCAUUGCGGACAUGUCGCAAUCCUCCAUGGAGUCCUCUGAUGACUCCGACGUGUGGAGCUCUUCAGACGAAGCCAAGCCCGAGCCCAUCAGCAUUUGGACGUGGCAAACGUGCGGCUUGCCACUCAGUGGCUUCCUACUUGCUUUCCUAAACGCCAUUGCGUCUGGGGUUGUCUAUGGGUUCUUCCUGGGCUACAUGGGAUUGGAUUCUUAUGUCAUGUCGUCAGUUGCAGCUCUCAUGAAGCUUCCAGAAAUAUUUCUUCUCCCCUUGGGUAUGAUCAACGACUGCUUCCCCAUCUUCGGCUACAACCGAAAGCCCUAUCUGGUAGCUUCCUGGUUCGUCUCUGGCGGCGCGCUCUUGGCCAUGAGCCUACGAACUUUGCCGGCGCCCUAUUAUUGCCAAUAUCCUGAUGGCAGCUAUGACUGGUACUCGCCGCCCUGCAAUCCAGACAUCCACGCAAUGAAGAAUUGGUACGUCUUCCCUUUGUUUGUUCUCAUUGCAGGCGCCCAGAUGGGAAGUGUGGCUGGUGAGGGCCUCUUGUUGGAGUACUCCAAAAGAGAGCCGAUAGAGCACCGUGGGCAGAUCAAGUCAGAAAUGACCAUGGUCACUACGGCAGGCGCGCUGACUUCUUCCGUUGUCAUCGGAUUCUUCAUGAAUAGCAAGGCAUACUUGGGCACCUUCGAUUGGGGGUUGUCCUUCAGUGGCUUGAUGACCGUGUGCCUGGUCAUGGUCCUCUGCGUCAUCCCAGUCAGCGUGUUGUGCGUGCACGAGCCGAAGAGGACAGCACACCCCACAUGCCGUGCUCAUGUGAAGUCUUCUUGGAAGCUUGUCGAGGGACUGAAGCUUGUCAAGAAGAACGCCCUUUCGAGCAUCUUGUUUUUUGCAUUCAUCGUUCAGUUCCUGGUCGCCACCUCAACCACGGCAACGCCUUUGGUACAGAGCCAGUGGGCGCGUGUCAAGGUCCUCCAGCAGCAGCUGUUUGGCACGGCCGGCAUGUUCGUGAUGAUGGUCGCCACUUGGAUCUACAAGGUCUUCUUCCUCCAAGCAAGUUGGAGAAAAGCAAUCCUCGUUUCAAUCCUGGCAUCGGCUCUGUGCGAUGCUGUCCCAGCCUUCCUGACGGUCUUCGGCGUUGUUCGAAAUCAGUACUUCUACCUUGGCGAAGAUGUCGUAAGCUCCGUGCCAAAGGCAGCGCUGGCAUUGGUGUCAAACUUGAUGAUCAUCGAGCUGUCGGAACCUGGGCGGGAAGGUCUGUGCUAUGGCUUGGUCGGGACACUGCAGCAUGCAAGUCUGCCCCUCGCCACGGUUGUGAGCAAUCAACUCUACGGGCUCUUCAAUCCCAGCUUGUCUUUGCUGGAGAACUACGUGGCGGACACCCAGCAGUUUCGAACGACUGUGGCCUGGUCUUAUGCGCUGUCAUACGCCACGUCCCUGAUGAGCUUGUGUGCGCUUCCACUGAUCCCAUGGCAAAAGAUAGAUGCCCAAAGGCGAAAGAAGGAGUGGAACUCCAGCCCAAUGGCAGCCAGUCUGGUGUUAGCUGUCCCAGCCAUUUGCCUUGUCUACAGUGUGUCUGUGUUGAUUCUGGCUAGUCAGCCGCAGACAGCAUGCCUGCAAUGGGUUGGUGGAGAAGGCUGCGCAAACUGA